AUGGCCCUGUUCAUCGCAGGCCCAAGCGCCAGCGCGGGUUCAUCACGAGCACGAUUGGGAUACUGGGAGCCACUCCCCCACAUAUACUCCGGCCUGGUCAUCCAUCCCUAUGCCCCUUCCCAGUCACCUCCGACCUCGCCAUCGGGUACCGUACGAUCACAUCGGCGCACUACUUCCUGGUCUGCUGCGUCGACCACUGCGCCCAACGACGUCUUCACCUCGCCCCGCGGUAACCCCCACGAGGUGUCCCUCGAUGUCGGCGAUGAGUUCUUUGCUUUUGAAGAGUACCGCGGCGACGAGAACGAGGGCACAUGGUACCGAGGAUAUGUCGUCCAGGGCGUGAGCCUACCCAUGCUCAUGCCAUCGAUGCAGACGCCAACUGCGUACCCUAAGGUCGAGCCGUCUGUCUUGAUUGGUAUCUUCCCCGCGUCAUGUGUCCACGUCCGGCCCAAUGCCGCCACCGAGAGCGACAUGCUCGCCGGUGCUUAUGAGCGUGCACGCGAGCUUGCGGAUGACCGAGCACGCGAUAUGCAGCUACAGAUGGACGCUGUGCGCGAGGAGGACGAGGACGAGCUUAACGGCGACAUCAACGACUCUGGCCCACCGUCACCUAUCCAGCCUAACGGCUCGUCUUCAAACCUGUUGCGGCGCAACCGGCGCCCAGCAUCGCUCAUACUCGCAGCGCCGAGAGAAAAAGAGCAGCCCCCAUUACCGACGCUGACGGCCGGUGAUUCGACCGUCGCAGGACAACAGUGGCCACUUGUUGACGAGAUUGCCUGUGCAAUCCGGGAGUGGUAUGCCCGUCUGCCCACCUACCUUGCGAACCGCGAGUACCGCCUGUUCAACGCCGUAGUGCAGCACAUCGACGCUCUGUUCCUUGGCCGCCGGCAGCUGCUGUCCCAGAUGCUGAGUGGUGACGAAUUAGUGCGCAUCAGGCGGGAAUGCGUGUCGCGCCUCGUCAAAUGCAACGUCGCACAAGGCCUCGAGGUGAUCGUCCGCAGCUUGGAGGACGGCAACGUCGUCGGCAUCGACAAAGACCGCUCCCUUACGAGCUCGGGAUGGAUGGGCGGCGUAAUGGCCUACAUCUACCAGGUACAGCUGGCAUACAUUGACCUCGUACCGCUGGAUGUGUUGUUUGGCAAGUCGACUGUACCGCGCCCAAGAGCCGUCAAGACGCCGAUCGCGUUCGCCCUGGAGGCACAAAAAGAGCAGGAGACGUCGUCGUCGCCAAGCGGGUACCACUGUCUGCUCGACUUCCGCGCAUUCAUCGCGAGCCCCUGUGCGCCAGGCGAGACGGCUGAGCUGUUCUUCUCGCUCUACAGCAAGACGCAGGGCCGAUUCUUGACGGAGGAAUUCUGCCUCAUCCUCAACCACAACGGCACGCCUGCGCGUGACGCGGACAGGCGCCUGGGUAAGUUGCGCACGCUCUUCGCGGACCUGCGCGCCGACGACGUGACGGCUGGUACUUAUCUCGUGUGUCGCAUUGUGCGCAAUGGCAGCAUGAAGAUGAGCACCGAGGCGACGUCCGUGACGCCCGAAAUCACCGAGCGGAAGUGGCACCAGAACAAGCGCAACAGCGUCGCGUUUAUCAACGACGCCAGCAAAUGGCGCAGUUCUAUAUCAAUCUCAGAUCACGCCACCGACGACUCGGGGUCCAUGGUGUCGGGAUACGAGCCGAAGAGAACGCGCACGAUCGACACCACGCAAUCGUACGGGACAGGACUCACCGGACGCACAUCUCUGCGACGCCCGCUGGGAUGCGCAGUGCUCGAGCUGCCUGCGAUGAGUCGGUUGACUGUCGAGGGCAAUGGCGACGACUACGCCAUGCCAAUCUAUGUGGCGCGCGACGAGGCCAACUUUGCUACCCUGCACUCGGACAUCAUCCUCAACAACGAACGGUCGUACGAGCGGUCACCGCGUGCGGAAAACAUGGCGUUCGGCCUCAAGCUCUUCCACGGACCCAUCGAUCAAGUUGUCCGCGAGCACCCAUCCCUCCUCCUCGAGACGCCGCAGACCCAGCGCCUUGGGUUCCCUGACGUCGUUGCCCCCGGCACAGUGCGCAACGACCUGUACAUCAAGUUGUGGACUGCGUCGUUCUCGACCAUGUUCCCUGCGGGUGGCACGUUACGCGUGCGCAAGACCGUCGCCCCAAUUCCAGCCAGCACGCAGGUCUCACUCGAGGUGCGGCGCGCAGACGGCUCGCUCGUCACCGACUCGCUCUUCAUGGGCGGCUCAGGCGAACCACCAAUGGCGCAGUACAACUCGAUCGUGUACUACCACAACGACCAGCCGACUUUUGGCGAGCUCGUCAAGAUCGCUCUUCCUCAAGGGUCGGGCGACUGUCACCUGUUCCUGUCGUUCCGGCGGCGAACUCGCGAACGCGAGAGCAACCCCGAGGCCGGAGAACGCCCAUUCGCUUUCGCUUACCUCCCCCUGUUCUCGCACAACGCGUCGAUCAAGGACGGCAAGCACGAGCUGAUCCUAUACCACAUGGAGAAAGCGUCGAUGCAGCCGACUCCGAACCUUUAUUUCGAGGCGCCCUCGACCGGCGAGCCGCGUCUUCCCCUGGAGACGUCCAAGUACGUUUCGGCUCUGCGCGACCGCAUCUCGCUGUGGACGUUCCUUUGCUCGACGAUCCACACCCAGGACGACACUUUACGUUCGCUGUUCGCAUGGCAAAGCGCCGACGCUGCGUCCCUCAUCCGCACAUUGCAAAUGUUUCAGUUCGUCGGUGAGGACGAGAUUGCCAAGUUCCUGCAACCUGUCCUCGAUGCGCUGUUUGCCAUCCUCGUUGGGCAUCUUGGCGAGAGGCGUGAGGAGGUCGAUGACCUCGUCUUCAAGGGCCUCAUCAAGGUGCUUGCCAUGCAGUCGGAUAGGCGCUUCCCGUCGUUUGGCCCGAUCAUUGCCGCGUACACGUCCAAGCACUUCGCGUUCCAGUCGUCUGCGCCGCACCUCUUGCGUGCAAUGAAGGCGGUCAUGGGCCGCCCUUCCUCACAAGAGUAUCGUUCCUUGUUAAAGGUCUGGCACAGCGUGUUCCGCUUCGUUAUACGCUCGCGCGAGCUGGACAGGUCCCGAGGCUCGUCGCUCGGGCCUACGGCUGCGCAGAUGGAAGCAGAUUUCAAGCGCCAGACCCGUGACAUCCUCGGCGACAUCAACGAAAUCAUGCUUUCUGACGACAAGGCGCUCAUCGGGUCCCAGACACUCGCCGUGCAGCACUAUGCCGAUGUCCUGCCGGAUUUGGCGCAGGUAUUCCCACCUGACGAGAUUGCGGAGAUGGUAAUCGUGUUCACAGACACCCUCACUCGGGCACAGGGCAGCCUCGCCAUCUACAAGCUGCUUCUGAUCCUGCAGAUUGUCAAGACACUGCUUGACUUUGAUGAGACGCGCGCGCAGCUCAUUCCCGCCAUCAUUCGCUGGAUAAAGCCGCACGUCGGCUUGUUCGAGGAGGAGCUGUACUCUGCUCGUGGCGAGACUCAGGCAGCCAAGGACAGCCGCCACCUGCGUUGGAUGGAGUGCAACCGACUCGCCGUCUCGGUCAUGGCAUGGACAGUCAACAAGCUGCAGGAGCUCCUCGACUCGCCCAUCAUCAAGUCGGACCCCUUACUCAAGUCGCAGGAGGAAGACAACAUCGAGUACUGCCUGACGAUUCUGCCAGGGCUGUUCGACUCAUACAAGGAGCUGGCAAGUGACAAGACAAUGGAACUGCUCAAGCGCCACCGCACGUCACCUACCAUCUGGAAGUCAACGCCGGACGUGUUCCCUGCCUCGCACCCCUUCGCUUUAGUCUCCGACUUGCCCCCGCCCGCGCUGCUUGGUCAUGGCGAUAGCAUUCCGCCCGCUGGCACGUUCGCUUGUGGCCUCGCCGAGGUCGCCGUCGUCAUCUUCACCAUGGUAAUCACGGCACCACGCGCCAACAUCGUUAGCUGGCUCGUCGAGAUGCUCGACAUGAACAACAUCGACGUGGUCAAGGAGACACUCUCGACUUCGUUUGACGUCCUGUCGUCGGUGAUCAAGUUUGAUGCGUUCCCUCGCCAGUGGCUCACACUUUCUGGUCUUGCCUUCACUGCGACUGUGCGCUAUCUCGAGGCCGUGAUCCAGUUCCUUGCGAGGGGCGACUUCAUCCCGCCGAUUGAGGAGAUGGACCGUUUUGAUGUGGAUCUCUGGACGCAGUUAAUUGAGCUCGUGUGCGACUUCUGUGCCAGCGACGAGCUCGCGCUUGAGGAGCAGGGUCUGCAGCACCGGCGCGCGGCGUGGAUAAUCGCGGGUGACCUUCGUGAUGACGGCGCGGCGCUCUUGCACAAGUUGUGGAACGCCAUUGGCUGGCAGCCCAUCAACGGUCGCGGCACACACAGCAGCUACGGCGGUUACCAGACGCGCCUCACUGGUCUAGCCGAGCGUAUCCUCACUCUCUGUCUCACGUCGCACGAAAAGUUGUGCGAAGCGGCCGUGGACAUCCUGUUCUCGAUGAUCUACGCCGAAUAUGUCCUUGCGGGCAAGUUCAACACGAUCCAGACCGAGAUCUUCCAGAAGCUCGAGACAUUAUUCACACAAAAGACCAUCACCGCCAGCGAGUCUGCCACACGUGCGUACUUCGUGUCGCGUCUGCGAUCUGUGUUCGAGGAGACGCCCGAGAUCGACUCCAACUUCCGUUCGCACGUGGGUUCGUUCCUUGACCAGGUCGAGUUAUUCAUCGACCUCCUCAUGGCCGUGCGCGACCUUCCGGAGACGCCGCAGUGGAAAGAGGAACGUGUAGCGGCCACUUACCGCCUCAUGGAGUUCUUCUCCAAGGUUGGCCGCGAUGACUUGUACAUCCGCUUCGUGCACCAUCUUGUGGCGAUCAACAUCCAGGCCGAGGACUGGUUUGGCGCCGCGCUUGCUCUCAAGCUUCACGCCAACCUGUACGAGUGGCGUGUUAACGGCCCACUCUUUGACCAGUUCCGUCAGGGCAAUAUCCGGCUGGCGGCGCAAACGCAGUUCGAGCGCAAGGAAGCACUGCUUUAUCACGUCCUCGACUACCUCGCGGAGGCCGAGGCGUAUGAGCAGGCCGUGGAGAUCUGCCAGGAGAUCGUACAGCAGCAUCGCCUCAAGACAUUUGACGUGCAGCACAUCUCCGAGCUGCUCCAGCACGAGGCCAAGCUGUGGGAACAGAUCGGCACAUCGACUCGCCCGAAACCUGAGUACUUCCGCGUCGCAUACUUUGGCAACUUCACCUCGCUCGACCUGGAUAAGGAGUUUAUCGUGCGGGGCGCACCGUGGCAGAGAUACGUCGACUUCUGCGAGGCGUUGCAGACCAAACACCCGGACGCGCAGGUCCACCGCUCCAAGAUACCGCCCUCGGAGAUGGUACGCUACGGCACCGAGUCUGUAAUCUGGGUCACCAGCGUCACGCCGUUGCCCGAUCUCAACAAGCCCGUGUUCCGCAAGGGCAUCAACCCGUCGGUACAGGCGUACUACAAGUCGAAUGCGGUCAACAAGUUCGAGACGCUGCGCCCGUACGUUGUCGACCCCGAGGAGACGGAGGCUGUCCUUCAAUGGAUCGAGAAGACGACGAUCACGACUGCAAACGACCUGCCCGCGCUCGAAAGCCGCGCCGAGGUCGUACACAUCCACCACGACCACAUCUCACCCGUCGAUUCGGCAAAUGUCAUUGUUAGCAAGGCCGACCGCGACCUACGCCGGCUCAUCAGCCAGCAGCCUGCAGAUGUUAAGCUCCUUGGCAACGCUCUCAACGGCGCUGUCGACUCGCGCGUCAACGGCGGUAUUACGCUGUACAAGAAGCACUUCCUCGACCCCGCGUACGCUGAAAAAUACCCCUCCGAGGCCAACAACACGCAGCGCCUGCGCCAGGCGAUACUCGACUAUGCGCGCACGAUUCAGCGCGGCCUCGUCAGCCUGCACUCUGUCAACAAAGAUAUUGCGUUCUACGAAGCUCUUAGACAACUCUACAACAAGGUUUAUGCCGACGAGAUACUUCUUCUCCCACCCCUACCAGAGGCCGACGACCUAGACGCGCUCUCCCCACGCCCGUCGACGCGGUCAAAAGAGCCGUCGCCGAUCAUCCUGCAAGAGGAGCGGGUCGCGUCGCCCGCAUCUGACGCCCCGUCACCCGAGUCAACGGACGCAUACGCCCUCCCGUCGCUCCGCGUCGGGCCGUCCCGUGGCCACACCCGCCUCGAGGGAUUUGGAGAGCACCGCCCAAGUUUGAGCAGCGUGAGCAUCGGUGGCAGUACCAGCAUCAGCAGCCACGCACGUGGCUCGAGCACGGCGAGCGCCGAGGCCCCCAAGGGUGGUAUCCUGCUCAACCCGACCAGCUUAGGGCGCGGCGCCUCGAUGAGACAGAAUGGGCACGCGCGGCCAAGCGAGGGCGAGCCUCUCACGGCGAAACAGUCAACGUUCCAGCGCUCCUUCAGUGCCGCCAGCAAUCACACGGAGAGGCGACCAAGUGAGGGCAAGGAGCGCAGCGACCAUGGCCCCCUGUGGACCAUGGCAGGUCCGCCACCAGCACCGUCCUCAGGCGCCGCAGGGACAAGCACACGAUCAAACACGGCCAACAGCACAUCGUCAGCGAUUACGGAGAGCUCGCGAGAGAGCCGGCCACAAGGCCUGCGGAGAUUCGGUUCCCUGCUCCGCGGCCGUUAA